CCGCGUGUGUCUUGACUGGUAGGAGUAACUAGUAAAGUUAAACACCCCAUCUCCUCCUUCCUCCUCUAUCGUCCAAAUAUCCGCGCUGUUUCUUCUCCAACCCCCUGUUUCUUCAUUUCUUCUUUUCCAGAGAGAGAGAUAGGUCGUCUUGAUUGAUUACUCGUCCGACAAUUCCCCAGAUCGCUCGAAAAUCUAGUAGGCCUAAAAGUAUGGUGUUCGCGAAAGAUGAAGCAAGCUCAUCUUCAUACACCACCGAGAAUUCAACUCUCAUACCCAAACCCCAUCUCCUCUCAUCCCAAUCAAAGACCUUCGCCAAUGUUUUCAUGGCCAUCGUCGGCGCCGGAGUUCUUGGUCUUCCCUACACUUUCAAACGAACCGGCUGGCUCACCGGUUCACUCAUGCUCUUCUCCGUGGCUGCCCUCACUUUCCAUUGUAUGAUGUCUCUCGUUCACACCCGCCGCCGGCUCGAAACCCUCUACGGCGGCUUCUCCAAGAUCACUUCCUUCGGUGAUCUCGGCUUCGCUGUCUCCGGUUCUUCCGGUCGGCUCGCUGUUGAUGUCAUGAUUGUCUUGUCCCAAGCCGGUUUUUGUAUUAGUUAUCUUAUCUUUGUUGCCAACACUCUAGCUUUUCUUUUUAAUAGUGAUUCUCAGCUCUUGGGUGUUUCCCCCAAAUCUAUUUACAUAUGGGCUUGUUUUCCUUUUCAAUUGGCUUUGAAUUCGAUUCCUACUCUCACCCAUCUCGCGCCUCUGAGUAUUUUUGCAGGCGCUGUUGAUCUUGCCGCUAUGGGGGUUGUGAUGGUUGAGGAUGUCAUGGUGUUUAUGAAUGCAAUGCCGGUUACUCGAGCUUUCGCGGGGUUUUCUAAUUUCUUUUAUGGAUUGGGGGUUUCGGUUUAUGCAUUUGAGGGAAUUGGAAUGGUUUUGCCUCUGGAAUCGGAGAUACGAGACAAGGACAAGUUUGGGAUCACUUUGGCAUUGGCAAUGGCUUUUAUUUCUUUGAUGUUUGGUUCAUUUGGAGUUUUGGGUUAUUUCGCAUUUGGGGAGGAUACUAGAGAUAUAAUUACCACCAACAUGGGUUCGGGAUUGUUGAGUACUUUUGUUCAGCUCGGGUUAUGUGUGAAUCUCUUUUUCUCCUUCCCGUUGAUGAUGAAUCCGGUUUAUGAGGUUGUGGAGAGGAGGGUUUGUGAAGGAAGGUAUACAUUGUGGCUGAGAUGGUUGAUGGUUUUGGUAUUGACCUUCAUUGCCCUUUUGGUACCUAAUUUUGCCGAUUUCUUGUCACUUGUUGGGAGUAGUGUUUGUGUGGUAUUAGGAUUUGUGCUGCCUGCUUUGUUCCAUUGGAUGGCUCAUAAGGAAGAUAUGGGUUGGAAGGGGUGGCUCUGGGACGCCUUGGUGGUUGUCAUUGGCUUUGUUAUUGCAUUGUUUGGGACUUGGUCUUCAUUAGUCGAGAUCUUUUCAUCCAAGACUGGUUAGAAUCAUGUAUUUCGAGUCCAUUAUUCGUCGCGGCUGCAAAUAUUUAUAUAUAUGCUGUGAUGGGGGUUAUACUCAGCCAGGUUGAUUUGUACCAAGAGAUGGCUCAUAAGUCUUGUUCUUUAUCUAUAUACAGUAAGCAUUUUGAAUGGUUGCAGAAACUAAA